AUGGAUUCCCACGAAUCGUACGACCCCAGCCGUUGCCCCGCAUGGCUCCCUCGUUUGCUCCGCGGCCGCUAUUUUACGAGCUGCCCGCGACACGCCGGUGCGGGCAGAGCCGAGCGAAAUUAUUUCUGCGUCACGUGCAGCGGCGAAUCCAUAUGCACCGCCUGCAUUACGGAGCAGCAUUCCAACAAUUCCAGCCACAAUUCCGGUCAUCACAACCAUUCCGGCGGAGGUUCGGUUCAUUCCGGCGGCGAAUCGUCGAAACCCCACAACAUUCUCCAAAUCCGCCGCUCGUCGUACCACGAGUGCGUGCGAAUUAACGAGCUGACGAAAAUCCUAGAUCUGUCGCACAUUCAGGUGUACGUUAUCAACAGCGCCAAGAUCGUUUUCCUCAACGGCCGGCCGCAGGCUCGCCCUGUGAAAGGCGCGCCGUUCUACUGCGAAACGUGCGAGAGAAUGCUGCUCGACGCGAGCCGGUUCUGCUCCCUUGGCUGCAAACUCGCUGCUGUUCCGAAGGAUUUUACGCUUACAUUUGUUCCGCGGGUCGCGCCGACGUCGGGAGGACAUGGCGCCGGGUGUAACGGGGCGAAUGCCGCGAAGCGUGCGUCAGCAACUGGUCCUGCCACGUCACACCGGGCGAAUGGGUACAAUGCAGCGGCGGCAGGCGGGAAUGCUGACGCGUGGAGGGAGGAUAACGGCAAUGGUAAUGCGUCUCCUGCGUCCGCUGCGUGGGUUCAGAAGGCGAGAACGACAGGAAAGAAGCGCGUUACGCCUGAAGUGAACACGGCGACGUCAUCCCCGGAAGUUUCUCUGCUAGCUGCUUCUGUGGAGUACGACAAUAUCGAUGACAGCUUCGGCGGCGCGGACAGCGGCGGGAUUCUCGUGGCAGACGACGACGACGACCGUCUGUUUGGCGACCGUGACGUUGACGGUGACGUUGUCGGACAAUGCGACGGGUCGUUCGUUUGGAGCCAGCGCGGAUUCGGCGGAGGAAAGAGGGUCCGCGUGGAGAAAUAUCCUCUCGCGGGAAAAUUCCCGCAGCUCGUGCCGAUCUCGUCGCCGUUUUCGUAUCCUGACGGCUCGCCGGCAUCGCCGCCGCGGCUCGGGUUCUCCCCGCCGUCAACUCCGAGCCUGACGGGCAAUCGCCGACGGAAGGGUGUGCCUCAGCGGUCUCCUCUCGUGUGA